CGCGUGGCACGUGAAUCGCGUUCUGUCUUCGCUUCGACCUCCACCUCGGCGUAACGUUUGCGGCUACGUCCAUCUUAGGGCUUUUCUCUACCACGUCGAGUCGUAUCUCCGGUUGGUUGCCACUCGUUCUCGUUCUUCCCUGCGCACACCGUCUUCGCUGCGUGCUCUCCAUCAAUAAUGGCGAUUCCAUUCCUUGGUGUAUUAGGAUGGGCGUUUGUGCCUCACCACGCGACACAACAGGCAGUGAAGAUCCUCCACUACGUACUGCUCCGCUUUUUCCAGAUAACACCACCUCGAGCCGGCACUCUUGAGUACCAGCGCGACUACCGAUACACUUUCGCAGUCGUAGUUCUAGGCUACCUCAUCUAUACAUUGAUCCAGGGAUCCAACGCCAUGCUGCCCAACUACUACGAAAUGCUCGGUGUCUAUCCGAAUGCCGAUGAGGGCUCGCUGAAACUCGCCUUCCGACAAUUCGCGAAACGCUACCAUCCGGAUCGCGUGGGUCCGCAGGGAGAGGCUUUGUUCAUCCAAGUCCGGGAUGCCUUCGAGGCAUUGAAGAAUCCCACAGUGCGCUUCGCAUACGAUAGAUUCGGUCCCGCAGUCCUUGGAUGGACGCACUGCUCGACCACUGGUGAAUACCUGAGGCAAGGGCUGACCCAGUCUCUUGGAUACCAUGUCGUUGCGGGGGCAGUGCUUGUAUUCUGGACGGCUAUCGGGGAAACCAGCCCCGUCGCUUUCUGGCGGUACCUGCUGUGCUUUUCACUUUUCGUUUCGGAGCUGUCUUUGAUCGUGUCGCCAUCCCCGUCGUUGGUACCAUCUGGGCUACUUCUCGGCGAUCCCACUGAGGGACCCUCCAACCGGACAUUGCUGCAUCUCCUCUUUCCCCGUCGAGUGGCCUAUCAGCAUAUUCUCUUUCUGCAUCAACUGUUUCUAUUCAUGAGCAUAGCUCUCAGCCGCGUUGCUCCUCAGUUCCUGCCUGACCCCAACAAGGUCACGGAAGCGAUGACGCACAGAUUGCUGCACCUAGUAACAAACGUUGACUGCGAAGCUUCGCAACUGCUACAUUCGGAAUUGCAUGUCAUCCAACCAUCUGCCGAGCAAAUUACUCUCAACCAACUGCGACCUGUGACAAAUCCGUCAGCGGACGUGAUCAUGUCCCUGACGAAUGAGAUGGAGAACAUGCUCAUCGAAUCCGCUGUCAAGCAGGAAGUCGGUCCGCUGAAGAGUGUCUGGCAGAACGCCAUCGCUAGCGGUCGUCGACUAGCCACAACGACCGCAGCCGCACUUCCGCAGACACCAAGAAGGCUUUUCGAAUGGCCAUUAGGUGGACGAUUCGGAAGCGGGAGUCCCGUCAAGCGAAAUGCUGGGAACGGGGGAUCACCGAGCGACAGACAAGGGCGGAUGUCACCCCCGCCUUCCAUACCAGACCGUCCAAACUACACCCGAGCGCGCAGCAUCAGCUUACUUUAGAGCGAUUGCACUGCCUUCUCUGACUGUAUCAUUGAGACUGCUGUAAUCCAACAGACUAGUCUACUGUCCCAGAGAAUGGCUGUAUGUACAUGAGGCGUCGUGAGCGAAGAAUCGCCCGAUGGAUAUCUUAUACACUGAAGCGAUGGGCACUUCCUUGCCUCUCCCUGGCUCCAUCCCAGAGAGAGACCAAGUAUGUAGUCCGCUUAGCUUCAAACUCUGUCGGAUAAUUAAUCUGCAGCGCCUCGUCUGAGAUAUCAGGCCGGCGGGUGAACGGCCGAGGGAAUAAUCGAUGUUGUGCCAAGGCCAGGAAUGGGCUGUCGAGAGGCAUGAGUGCAAGUGUCGGCGCCGGGCAAUUGAGCUUACAUGAGCCCUAACGAAGCAAUUAUAACAAUUUUGAGACAAACAUCAGAGCAGAGGCGCAUUAACUGACCACCGCGUGCGAGUCGUUGCUAUCGAAAAGCAAACGCAGUCCUAGACUCAUUCCCGACUGUCUCUCCAGGACCAAGUCAACGGCGAGUCCAGUGAAGAAUGUGCCGAUCGACGUGCAUCCAAAGAGCUUGUAUCGCACGUUAGAAUGUGAGCUCGAUGGACCGGAUGUAGCUCACCAAUCCAUAGCGCUGGUUCAAUAAUAGCGAGAGACCCGAGAAGAUUCCACAGAGUCCCACGACGACCCAGUUCAGGACAAAGAGAUUGGAGGAGAACAGCAAGCCCUGUCGAAUGAGGAUGAUUCGCAUCCCGAACGAAAGACCACCCGCAAGAGCGAUUGCAGUGAUCGCCCCGAGUCGGGCCACCUCCAACAGACCGAGUGCGAAUCCCACCGCGAAGAUAAUCAGGAUGACGGCCGUCAGCAGUCUGAGAAGGCUUGUCAGCGACGGACAGAAACAAUCAUCGACCUAGCAACCGACAUGUCGCCGAACCCCGAGCCGUUAACGGUGUUGAUGAUUCCCGCCCACACACACACAGCCGAAGCCAGUCCCAGCCCCGUCCCAGUCGUCAGCCUCCAUCCCCUGAUCCCCGCCAGAGCCAUCGGCAGCCCGAUCACGACAGAGAAACCGAGCCAAAUCAGCGCAGGGAGGUCGAAGUUCGAUCCACUGCCGUCCGUCGCAUCCCCUUGAGACACCGUGUUUCCGUUGCCAUCGAAUACUUGGGGCGUCCCGGUCGUGUUGCUGACGGUGAACGAUCGGGGGGUAUAUGCGGAUUGGGGGAGUGCUGGAGACGCGAGGGCGAGCGUCGAGGAAACACACAAGAGCAGCCAAAAGAAUGAUGCUACGCCAAGACGAACGAAAGCCAUAAGCCAAACGAAAGGGAGGCUUGGAUGGGCGAAGUUCAAGUCGGUUUCUUGCGGGACGGCCAGCACCACCGCUAAGAAAAGGACGACGAAUAUAAUUACACGGCCAGAAGGGAGAGACUAAGAAAAUGAAAUGCAGACAUGUUACGCGACCGGGCCUGGACGACUGAGUAGUAGUGAGUGGUUGGCUCGGGAUGAUCUGAUCAUAGGGGCGGAUGUGUUGGUUGCUGUGGGGACGUCGCGACUUUCUUCCUCAAACAGCGAACACGAUUGUGAUUUGUACACAUCAAGACGAGCCACAUUACUUGGUUUCCACAGGCACCGGGGAUACUCUGCGUCCACGAAGGCAAUUAUUUGGAUAAUUACACCAGCCCGCGAGCCACACUUUCCAUCCGGCCGGGAGAAGCUCGCAACUACCUGGGAGCUUUAGUAUCCAGGCUCAGUGCUGAGCGCACACAUCGGCCCGGCAUGCUCCGCGGGAUUUGGCGCCGCUCAUCGCUGAUUCCCAGUGUUUGUGUGGCCGUCGUCCGCACUACAAGAACUCCCUGUGCAUGCACAAAUUACAUCCCCGGAUAACACGCCGAAAGAACGGCCUGCGCAAAGCAACGCGAGUUGACUCAAAACUAUGUACACACCAGAUACUGCAUCCGAAUCUGUGGGAGUUUCUGAAUGUCUAUCAGAGUUUCGCGAUCGGAUGCUGGAUGUAAGUAUCGUAACCUGAACAUUCAGACAAGCAGAAAGAGGAUGAGAUCACGAGACUUCGAAGGGCGACGGUUCGGGGAGCGUUCUUAACAACGCUCGGCUCAACAGAUCCGCGAUCCCCCAGAUGUCUUCCGUAUCUUUCAUGCCAUAACACUGCGUCCUGUCUAUCUCGGAACACUCGUCCGGGCUGCGACGGCAAAGCAGAAAUGCGACAGAAAAGCCGGUCAAGGCCGUCUGCAGAAAAUCAAGGCAAGCACGGCGAGAUGGAAGAGACCGACAGGCGGAGAACAUCGGUGUCACAAGUCCAAGUGGACUACGAAGGGAUCGUGUAUAGCAACGGAACAAAUGGUCCUGCACGGAAUUCAAGAAUCUAGGAUGCAUCAAUCAGUACCCAUGUUACAGCGAAUGAGAAGCAAAAGAAGAAACGAUCAGUGCUGCAAAAGCAGGCUUGCAUGAGAUCUCAUCUCCCGAAGCCAAUCCAUUGUCCCGUCCAGCACCCAGUCGCCCGUAUCUCGCCCGGAAUCCGCCCCAGCCGUGUGAGCCAGUAACCACACUCCUCGAGCAUGGACCUGCAGCUCGGAAGCUUAAGACAGGCUUUUCAUAUGACGUCCGAAGACAACCACAUCUAGAGACCGCCCUGCGCAGGUGUAUGCUUGUCUGCGCGGGCUUGGCAUAAAACGUAUACACAUCAAGUGUGUUUUGAGACUCUGCCUUUGCAGCUGGACCGUGGAUCUCGUAGAAGAGCUGCCUAUGAUGAAAAGAGUCUGAGUGCUGUGGGUUCAGCCUUACGGCGCGGCACAUGAAGCUCGAGCGACGCGCAGAGAACUUCAACCUUCACGGUUCGGAAACCAAGCGGAGGGACGACGGAGCACCAGCGGUGGAUUGGACAGGUCGACCCUUUUACUACAACAUCCUGUCGGAAGUAAUCGAAAA